AUGAAGAGGUGGCAAGUGGUUCAAGACCUCGGUUCCAAGCCCUUUGACGAAGAGGCUUUUACAGAACAUUAUAAAAUCUUACAAACACUCGGCCAAGGAGGAUUCUGGGAAGUAAAAUUGGCUAGCCAUCUCCUCACCCAGACAAGGGUAGUAGUAAAAGUUCUUCCAAAAGGCAGGAGGCAGACCUUCAUCAAAUCAGAAAUUGAAAUAAUGAAAUCCCUAGACCAUCCCAACGUUAUCAAACUUUUGCAUAUAAUCGGCACCACAAACCACACUUACAUGAUCAUGGAACAUGCCGAGGGAGGAGAACUGAUGGGCAGGAUUACAGAGUUUGGCCACCUCCCAGCAGAGGAGUCCCGUAGGCUAUUUAAACAGAUAGUACGUGCCCUCCACUAUUGCCGGAAGGGAAUUGCCCACAGGGACCUAAAGCCUGCAAACAUAUUAAUGGAUGGCAAAGGGAAUAUCAAAUUGUGUGAUUUUGGAUUGGCCACCAAGCUUACCAUGGGACAGAAGCAGGCAGAUUUUUGUGGAACCCCCCCUUAUGGUGCCCCAGAACUCUUUGAAAGAAAAGACUACAAUGGCCUUGCCGCUGAUAUCUGGAGCUUGGGGGUUAUGCUCUACUUUAUGUUGACUGUACGUUUCCAGGGACGUACAUAUGAAGGACUAAAGCAGAGGGUCUUGGCAGGAAAUUACUCCGUCAGAUUCAAGCUGUCAAAGGAGCUCUGGGACGUGAUUGCUAAGUUGUUAAGUGUAAACCCUAGACUAAGGCCAACAACUGGUGACAUUCUGCACUUUCCAUGGCUAAAACAUGACAGUGAAGGUUCUCCGGGUUUCUUUAGAGGGAACACUGACAGCCACCCAGACCCCACUGUAAUGGUCAUCAUGAGAGUCAUGGGAUACAAGAAACGAGAGAUACGGGAAGCUUUACAGAAGAAGAACAUUGACCAGGUGAAGGCUACAUAUCUUAUUCUUAGGCAACAGUCACCCUGGGGGGACAAUUUUAAAAUAAAACUUAAGCCCAGGCAGUUGGAUCGAAACUUGAACCUCACUGGGGCAGCCAUGACAGCAAAAGUGACCUUAAAGAGGGCAUCUAGUGUCCCUUCACUUCCUACCUUCCUUGAUCCCAAUAUACCUCAGAGUCCUGAGCAUGACAAAGGGGGUAAAAGGAGGUACAGUUGGCCACCCACCCUGACCUGCUUGAACAACGAGACAACCCCCCUUCUGAAAAUCUGUCCCCAGCGUAGCCGUGAGGCCCAUUUCAUGAGCAGCACCAGUUGGGACACGAACAGCACUGACACCUCAGGGGAAAUAUGCCCAAAGGUGACUGCUGAGAAUGUUCCACGGAAACCUCACUGCAGGCAGUCAUCCCUGGAUGUGCUGAAAGCUGGCUCUAACAAGUUUAAGGGGUCCUCACAGGAAGUUUUAUCCCAUCCUGCUUCUGUGGAGGAAGACCAGCUUAAGAACAGCAACAUACAUGGACAGCCCCAAGAAGUGACUAAAGCUGGUUCAAAGAAGAACAUGAACUCAGAGAAUAGAGCAUCUCCAUUCUUCAACAAGGAGAGCCAGGGCAAGGAUCCCACGGUAAAACCAAAAGAAGCCAGACCACCUCUAUUCUCCCGCAAGGAGGCCCAGGAAGAUGGCCCCAUUGUAGAAAGCAAAGAGCCCAACCCAUUCUCCCCAGAUACACGCCGGGGACAUCUCCAUGGCCAGGAGCAGAUUAUACCCAGAGCCCCCUUUAGGAAGCGGGUUUGGAAAAGCAUCAGGAAGAACAUCAGAAAAGGACUUGGGAGGUUAUGUUGCUGUGUGCCUGUCCAAAACAGAGAGCUCCCAGCCAAGAACAAAAUCUUGGCUGGGAGCUAA